AGAGAAAAUGAGGACGACUAUUAUUUUCGGAACUUCUUCGGACCUCUGAAAGCAAAAGAGGAAAAUGAGUACGACCAUUAUUUUUCGACCAUCUCCACCCCAAAUGGUGCCUGUGCUUUUCACAAGCAAAAAUCAAGGCGGAGUACCCUGUGGACAUUAUUGAGUCCUGUGAUGGGGUACUUCUACUACAAGAGCAGAUCGGCGUACAUGCUCUGGAAUUCCCUAGUCGAAGAAUCCAUUAUCUUGCUGCCCUGCUCAAUGGAGACCUGCCUACUUUUCUUCACACACGUGUCCCAGAUUUGGGUGUUAUACCUCGUUGGGGAUCUGAAGAUUGUAAGGAUAAUUGUCUUUAUGAACGAAGAUGAGGAAGACAAUCUUGUGGAUACAACUAAGUUAUUUGAGCUCUAUUCUUUGAAAGAAGAUGCGUGGAGACCUUGA